AACAAACCUUCCUCCAUUCCUGCAAACAAACAAAACAAACAAAACCAAGCUCUAGCUGCUUGCUAACCAGGCUUGAUUAAUUUGCUUUAACCCGGUUAAUUACUAGGCGCGCAAGAGCAUGGAGGAUGCCAGGUCGUGGGCGGCGGAGCUCCGGGGCCGGUUCGAGGAGGGGCUGACGCGGGCGGCGGAGUGGCGGGCGGCGCAGCUCCGCGGGCUGCUGCGGAUGGCGACGGAGAUGGAGGCGGAGAUGUGCGACGCCCUGCACGCCGACCUCGCCAAGCCGCGCACAGAGGCCUGCCUCCACGAAAUAUCUCUGAUCAAGUCGUCCUGCUUGUUCGCCUUGAAGAACCUCAAGAAAUGGAUGAAACCCCAAAAGGUUCAAGCCAAGCUGAUGACGUUCCCGUCGGCGGCGAGGAUCACGGCGGAGCCCCUCGGCGUCGUGCUCAUCAUCUCCGCCUGGAACUACCCUCUCUUGCUGUCGCUGGACCCGGUGAUCGGCGCGCUCGCGGCGGGCAACGCGGUGGUGCUGAAGCCGUCGGAGGUGGCGCCGGCGACGUCGUCGCUGCUGGCGGAGCUGCUGCCGCGCUUCGUCGACGGCCGCUGCGUCAAGGUCGUCCAGGGCGGCGUCCCGGAGACCACCGCUCUCCUCGAACAGAAGUGGGACAAGAUCUUCUACACAGGGAACAGUCAAGUGGGGCGUAUCGUGAUGACCGCGGCGGCCAAGCACCUGACGCCGGUCGUCUUGGAGCUCGGCGGCAAAUGCCCCUUGGUCAUCGAUUCCACCGUCGAUCUCCAUGUUGCUGCCAAGAGGAUAGCUGCUGGAAAGUGGGGUUGCAACAAUGGCCAGGCCUGCAUUGCUCCUGAUUUCAUCAUAACCACAUCAUCAUUUGCCCCCAAGCUGAUCGAGGAAUUGAAGAAAGUUUUGGGGAAGUUCUACGGGAAGGAUCCACUGGGAUCAGCGGACUUGUCACGGAUCGUGAACUCGAACCAUUUCAACAGGCUGAAGACCCUGAUGGACGAAGAGAUGGUCUUUGAGAAGAUCGUGUUUGGCGGUCAGAUGGAUGCAUAUCAGCUAAAGAUCGCCCCUACAAUCCUCUUAGAUGUACCUCUCGACUCGGCGAUUAUGAGGGAGGAGAUAUUCGGGCCGUUCCUUCCUAUCAUCACGGUUGACAAGAUCAAUGAGUGCUUUGGUCUCAUCAACUCCAUGUCCAAGCCUCUUGCAGCCUACCUCUUCAGCAGGAACAGCAAGCUCCAGGACAAGUUUGAGAGAAGCAUUUCUGCAGGAGGAAUGCUAUUGAACGACACCAGCAUACAUCUCACAAAUCCAUACCUGCCAUUUGGAGGAGUUGGGGAGAGUGGCACAGGCGCCUACCAUGGGAAGUUCAGCUUUGACGCUUUCAGCCACAAGAAAGCCGUCCUGAACCGAGGUUUCUUCGGGGAGGCAAAAGCCAGGUACCCACCCUACUCGGAGCCAAAGUUGAAGAUCAUGAAGGGUGUGCUUGAGGGCAAACUGGGAGACAUGAUUCAGGCUUUCCUGGGGUUCCCAAGAGGGAAAUGACAAUAGCUGGUAUCUUCAGUAUGGUAUAUGUAAAAUCCAGUGAAAUCUACAUGUGAACAAAAGCUAGAAAUCUGAUAGUGGGUCAGGUUCAAUUCUGUUCCAAAGUACUCCCUCCGUCCCAAAAUAAGUGACGUGAAUUUGUAUAACAAUCUAUACAAAUCCACGUCACUUAUUUUGGGACUGAGGAAUAUCACACAAGAGUGAAAGACCAACUGCUUGAUUUUUUUUUUAUCACCACCAUGUAGGAUCUCGAUACAGUACCGUACAACAAGUAUCUUAAAUGUAACAAAUCUUUGGUGC